UUCGAAGAGGGCGCACGCUCGUUUACUGCGCAUAAAAAACAUCGGAACUACUUCGCGUGCUUUGUGCGUGUUAAAAAAUAGGUAGUCUAGUGUUUAUUUCUGACAAAAUAGUGCUUUAAAUAAAACUGUGAAUAUAAAGAAAGUAUUUAUUAAGACAUAGGUUGAAGUCCUGUUGGCUUUUAUUUAACUUUGAAUUUUCUUCGGGAUUUCUAAAAGCGUGCCAGGAAAGAUGCGCGGACGCACGCCGCGCUGGCUGUGGGUGGGAGCAGGCAGCGGUGCGUUGCUUGCGCUUGCGGCGCUCUCUGCAGCACUUGCCUGGACCAGUAUAUUCGAUUCGGCGCUUGCUAAUCAACUGAUGCUGACUCCAAACUCCAGGUCGUUCCGCACGUGGUUGGAGCCGUCAGUGCCGCUGUACUUCGAUAUCUACUUCUUCAACUGGACCAACUCUGAGAACUUUCCUGAGGAGAAACCGAAUCUGGUGCAAUUAGGUCCCUACCGGUUUCUGGAGAAAAGAAAACACGUGAACGUGACGUGGCAUGACAACAACGACACGUUGGCGUACCGCACACAGAGGAGCUGGUUCUUCGACGAGGCCUCCUCCAAUGGAACUCUUCAGGACAACAUCACCACACUCAAUGGCAUCGCUGCUUCAGCAGUGUACCGGUCCAGAUUCUGGGGCUUCCUUCAACAGAAGGGUCUGGCAAUGGGUCUGGCGAUGUUCAACCAGAAGAUAGCAGUCUCCAAGCUGGCUAGAGAGCUGCUGUUCGAAGGUUAUGAUGAUCAGCUUCUGAACCUGGCCAAGAGUCUGCCUUCGAGUACUACUGGAGGAGCCCCACCGGUUGACAAGUUUGGAUGGUUCUAUGAGAGGAACAACUCCUUAGACACCGACGGCUACAUGGAGGUGACGACAGGGAGGACAGCGGGCACCCUGCCCGGCCAGAUCAUGAGGUGGAACUAUGAAGACCACAUCCCGUAUUACGAAGGGGAGUGUGCUCAACUGGCUGGUAGUGCGGGCGAGUUCAUGCCUCGCAACCUGACGGAGGACUCCGUGCUGCCGAUGUUCGUGCCGGACCUCUGCCGGACGGUGUACAUGGAGUACGUGGACACCGGCGAGCUGGACGGCCUGAACUACAACAAGUACGCGCUCACGCAGAGGAGUUUUGAUAACUCAUCAGUUUCUCCAUCCAACACGUGUUUCUGCAACGGAGAGUGUGCGUGGAGUGGAGUGAUGAACGUGUCAGCCUGCAGGUUUGGAUCCCCUGCCUUCAUGACGCUCCCUCACUUCUUACACGGGGAUCCACAGCUGGGGGAGAUGGUGACAGGCUUGCAGCCAGAUCCUGAUGCCCAUUCCUUUUACUUUGCUGUUGAGCCUAAACUGGGAGUCCCGUUGGAUGUAGCUGCGAGAUUCCAGCUCAACUUAUAUUUAGAACCGAGUGAGAAUAUCGGUCUCUAUGAAGAUGUACCCAGGAUGCUGUUUCCAAUAUUCUGGGUAGAACAGCGAGUGCAGGUGCAAGACGACGUGCUAGCCGAGCUGCGGCUAGUGCGCGCCAUCUUUGAUUGGGGCGGCACCGUCUGCGCCUGCGCAGCGCUCGUCUUCGCAAUCCUCGUUACCAUGGCAACGUGUUGGGCGAGAAAACCACACCAGAUAAAAAAGGAAUCUAUGUUCGAAAAGCCGAAAGAUGAGGCCGAAUUGAAGCUCAACCCUAUAUGAAAUACUUUAGUAGCUUAAACUCAAAUAUGGAAUGUAGAUCUUCUAAAGGUCGAGAGAUCCAACGUAUCGUUGGAAAAGUGCUGUGACGUCAUCCGACACGUACCAUGACGUCACAGUUUAGUGAAAUGAUAUUUUUUUAAUGACAAUGUGUAUGGACUCGUAUUAUGUACAUAGAAUAUUAUUUAAGAGCAAUUGAAAGAGCAUUUAUGGUUGGAUGUAAACGAAUUGAGUUUUAAGUAUAUUUAAGGAUAUUUUUUGUAAAGUAAAUUGGUAUGAUUGAGUUCUAACCAAUUUAAUAUCAUCACAAGUAGGUUACAAUAAAAAAAAACAUAUUAUUAACAUUAUUUUUUACUAUUCCGUGACAUAUUAUAUAACUAUUAAAAUUCCGUCCAUGCCUAAAAAUAUGUUUGGUAUUUCGAAUUUCAAAUUUUAAUUUAAUUUCAUUGACAUCACAUUACGAUAAGAAUGAUUGGACAGGAGAUUAAACGAUUAUUUAUUUAUAAUAUCAAAUUAAAAACCAUAGCAUUUCAAUUAUUUUCUGGUGCAAUAUAAAAGUAAGCGUACAUAAGCCCACAUCGUACGCAAUGUACGCAUUCGUAUGGCUUCAUCAGUACGUAUCGCAUGUAGGCGUUGUCGAUAUUGCUUUCCGUACGAUGCGGAUCAGUGGACGCAGUUGUAUGAGUGUCUAUACAAGACAAUCUAAAAUCCGUUGCGUGCGAUGCGUACGAUGCGGGCCUGUGGACGCUUACCAUAAACGAUUAUUUAUUUAUAUCAAAGUAAAAAUCAUAAUUUUGUUAAUUAUUUUCUGGUGCAGUAUAAAUGAAAAAGGUAUUAGUUUUACUCAUUUAAGAAAAUAGAAACAUUAAAACAUAUUUCUUGAAAGAAUGACAGACAAAAUAAAACAAUCGAAAUGUUAGCUUAUAUAUGCGUAUCAGAAUGUACUGUGAUAUUGUGAAAAGGAGAGUUUGAUAGAAUGUGUAGAUAAUUCUAAACGUUGCCAUUUUAGAUUUAAUGUUUAGAAAAUAUAAUUAUUAUCACAGAUUAUAUUGCUGUGUUUGCACUAAAAUUGAUUUAUGUUAGUUUUGGUCAUUUCUUGGAUCAUGGUAUAAGUCACAACUCAAUCUUCAAAAAUUAUAAAAAAGUACUGUAAAAUACGGAUUUUUAAAGAGCGAUGUGAGGUUAAUUACCCCAUUAGUCCCCAGUCUUCCAGUCCCCGAUUCACCAACAGCCCGUAAAUUCUUAACCUCCAAAAGGCCGGCAACGCACUUGUAACACCUCUGAGGUUUCAGGCGUCCAUCAGUUGAUACGUCUGCUCGUUUACCGACUUAUACCAUAAAAAAACACCAUUCAAAUGUUGCUCUGUGUGCCGGUGCCAAAUGCGAUGACAGCGCCACUCUUGUAUAGCGAUUUUGUGUUCUGAAUUUAUGUUUUUAAGUAUGACGACAUAAUUUGUGAUAAUAAUUGUAUUUGUUUAAGUUUUAAUAAAUAAAUAAUAUUUGUAUGUAUUAAAAGAUACAGACCAAAGAAAUUUUGUUUGUUUUUUUCUUUAGUUUGUAGAAAAUAUUCGAUAAUUAUAAUUAUUUCUCCAUAUAUCAUUCCAAUAAUAAUAUAAUUUAAAAAGUAAAGCUCAUCAAUUUUGUGAUACAUAAAGAUAUUAUUACUUAUAUGACAAUAUAUGAACAGAAACGUUAAUAGUUUUAUUCUUAUUUCAAUUAUUUUAACUUCUAACGAGUAAUAUAUAAGUAAUUACAGAGAAUAAAUAAUUAUUUUUUAUACAAAAUGUUCUUAAAUAAGUUUUUGGUACAAUAAAAUAAAAUGAUGUUUGUUGUAAACAAAAUCAGUAAAUAUAAGAAUAAGUGUGGGAGAGCCAUGCUUCGGCACGAAUCUGCCUCACAGAGAAUCGACGUGAAACAACGCUUGCGUUGUGUUUCGUUGUGUGAGUGAGGUUACUGUAGGUCUAAUUGCCCUCCUUCCCAAUCCCCGAUUCCUCAACAACCCUUAAAUUCCUAACCCACAAAAGGCCGGCAACGCACUUUUAAAUAAGUAAUUUUUAAAAUAAAUCUGGAUGAUACCACAAUCCCUUCUGUUCCAUAUAAUAUACAGGUACAUAAUUAUUUUCAAUCUGCCGUGUUUUUUACUAGAAAGACUUUUUUUAUUA